AUGGGUUUGGCUGCAGCAAGGACGAAACAAAGAUUUGGAUUAGAUCCAAGAAACACAGCAUGGAGUAACAAUACUUCGAGGUUUGGACAUCAAUACUUAGAGAAACUUGGGUGGAAACCAGGCUCUGGUUUGGGUAUGAUGUCUGAUGCUACGACUACACAUAUUAAGGUUAGUAUAAAGGAUGACAACCUUGGUCUAGGAGCUAAGCUCAAAAAGAAGGAUAAACAAGAUGAGUUUGACAGUGGUGAAUGUACAGGAUUAGAUGUAUUUCAACGUUUACUCGGAAGGUUGAAUGGGAAUGAGGAGACGAUUUCCAAAGAGCUUGAUAGGCAAAAAACUGAGAAUAUCAUAAAUGGUAAGUGGGGUAUUCAUUUCGUCAAGGGAGAAGUUCUGUCUAGUACUUGGGAUGCAGAAACAAAACAAUUGAUAAGUUAUGCUAUGGUCAAGAAGAGAAAAGCGGACGAUUCUGAUAACAGUGAAGACGAGCAUAAGAAGAGUAAGAAGAGUAAGAAGGACAAGAAGGAAAAGAAGGACAAGAAGGAAAAGAAGGACAAGAAGGAAAAGAAGGAAAAGAAGGAAAAGAAGGAUAAGAAGGAUAAGAAGGAAAAGAAGGAAAAGAAGGAAAAGAAGGAUAAGAAGGAUAAGAAGGAUAAGAAAGUAAAAUCUUCCAAGGAUAAAUCAAGUAAGAAGGGUAAAGAUAGCAAUGGUAUUACGCGAGACGAAAUGCUGAAACCUAGAGCUACUGCAGCCUCUGUUCCAGAUGCAGUCACAACAAGACUGUCUGUACGCUCGAAAUGGAUCAAACAAAAGAGAGCAGCAGUGAUGGAUGCUAAGGCCUUGAACGAAAUCUUUAUGGUUAAAGACUCAUAA